UGGGCAUGGGGUGGAUGGGCGUGAAUAAAUAAUGUGCGAGUUUUCAAUUUAACUGUGCUGUGGUUUUGGUUGGGUGAUUAGUUUAUAACUGUCUAUGCUAUGUCAACAUAAACAUCAGAACAGUUGCUGAUAUGUUGAGCAAGUUGGAUUUUUAGGUAACAAGAGAGCUUUAGAUGAAAAACACUUCAGUCGGGAAAAGAUAUUUUUGUAAAGUCACUCUCAAUAUUUCUCCAUAACUGGCGCGGCAUCUGGUACCCAGACACCAACAUGGCAUCUAAUGGUGUUGCAGCAAUGGCAAAGCGAGGUGAUGGAGGAGACGGUCAGAAUGCACCAGCCUCUAAGAGGCCACGGAAAGACGCAGUACGAGUUUGGUGUGAUGGUUGCUAUGAUCUGGUGCACUUUGGUCACGCCAACUCUCUCCGACAAGCCAAACUCAUGGGAGAUUAUCUGAUUGUAGGAGUUCACUCUGAUGCGGAGAUCAUGAAGCACAAAGGGCCUCCAGUCAUCAGGGAGGAAGAACGCUACGCCAUGGUGCGCGCCAUUAAAUGGGUAGAUGAGGUCAUCGAGAAUGCACCCUAUGUGACGGAAAUAGAAACGCUGGACAAACACAACUGCGACUUCUGUGUCCACGGGAAUGACAUCACAUUAGAUGCGGAUGGGAAUGAUACUUAUCGUCACGUCAAAGAAGCCGGUCGAUACAAGGAAUGUCAGAGAACUGCUGGAGUGUCAACAACCGACCUUGUAGGAAGAAUGCUGCUAAUGACCAAGACACAUCACAUCACUGGCACUGACGUACCAUCAGAUAGCAAGGCAUCCAAUAAUGCUGAUUGUUCCAGUAUGAGUAGCCCAUACACAGGAGUGUCGCAGUUUCUUCCCACAACACGUAAGAUCAUUCAGUUUGCAGAAGGCAAGGAACCAAGACCUGGAGAUAAGAUCAUCUACUGCCCAGGAGCCUUUGACCUCUUCCACGCUGGGCAUGUAGCCUUCUUAGAGCAGGCGAGGAAACUUGGUGACUACCUGAUUGUUGGGCUUCACACAGACAAUGAAGUAAAUCGUUACCAUGGUGGUAACUACCCCAUCAUGAAUUUACAUGAGCGUACGCUGAGCGUACUGGCAUGCAGGUACGUUGAUGAGGUCAUCAUCGGUACCCCAAGUACGACUAACAAGGACCUGCUGGACCAUUUUAAGGUCAAUGUUGUCGUUCAGGGAAUGACCCACAUUUACCCAGUGACCGAUGGCAGUGACCCAUAUGAGGAACCAAAGAAGCGUGGUAUUCUGCAGUGUGUGAACUCCAGCAGCGACUUAUCAACGGCAAAGAUUGUUGAACGCAUCAUUGAAAACAGGAUUCGUUACCAGCAACGCAACAAGAAGAAGCAAGAGAAAGAAAUCAAGAUGAUCCAGCUCCUGGAGAGGAGGAAGUCUGAAGAAGUCGAGAGGCAACAGAAACUGGAAAGACAGACGCACGAAAGCAAUAUUCCAGACACAGUGUCGGAGGUGUUUGAGUAAACCCCUCCCUCCCUCUCUCUCUCUCGAGAGAGAGAGAAAAGCGUGGUAUUUGAUUAAUUGUAUUGUAUUGUAUCAAAUUUUAUUCCAAAAACGGAACAAACCCCAUACCCUGGGUCAACAAUAACAAAAUUUGAACUUAUAGUAUAACAAAGAAGGAGAGGUUAGCAAGAACAAAAUAGUGUGUCUGCUUGGCAGGCAACAAAUGGGAGAGAGGGGAAUUUGGUGGUUGAGUUGUAUUUGUUCAUUGUAAGAACGCGGGCAAUAAGGUUAUUCAUUCAUUCAUUCAUUCAUUCAAAAAACUGUGACGACUUGUUGUCUUUACCCAAACCAUGCCUGUCGAGCAAAGCAUUUGAAAGUGCUUAACCAUUUGAGUAAAACUCUCUUUCUCUUUCAGUGUAUAUUUGAUUAAUUUUGUUGGCUUGGUAGGCAAAAAAAUGUUAGAGAAGGGAAUUGGGUUGCCUACAUUUUCCAUUGUAAGAAAGUUGGCAGUAAAGUCAUUCAUUCAUUCAUUCACUGUUUGUAUGAGAGAGAUUUGCUGUUGCCAGCUUGGUGUUUAUAUCUCCUUGUGUGGAGUUUGCCGAGUUCCCUUGAUGGGAAGAACAAACUAUGAUGAGUUAAUGAGUCGUAUAGCCCCAACUAUACCUGCCGAGCAUAGCAUUGGAAAUUAUUGAACCGCAUAUUCCUGUCUUCAGUUUACUGUGGUGUUUGGACCACCUUAUCCUAGCAACCAAAGGUGGGGGAUGGCUGCCGUUAGGGUGGCAAAUGAAGGGUUAUGACCCCGAUAUCUGGACACUGGCUGGCAAGGGUUUAGCCAGGAUUUAGUAAGAUGGUGUCCAAAUUUGCUGAGGUUGAGUCCAGCUUUUUCACUUACAAGAUAUUUACAUGUAAAAUUUAAACCAAAAUGUCUAAAAGAGACUCUCGCUGGGUGGUUUUACUUCAAAAGGGUUUCAGAUGUCUGAAACACUAAAAACUAAGCUCAAUUGGUCGUCAAAGUUGUGAGAUAAUAAUGAAAGGAAAAACUCCCUUGUCACACGAAGUUGUGUGC